CGCGCGGGAGCCGGGAGCCUGGGCACCCGGCCAGCAGGUCGGUGGGAACGUAAGCAACUGCGGGGCAGAGAGGGGGCCAGGAUGGCGACUUCUAGCAGGAAGACGUCGACCUCAAACUCCCAGACCUCCAAGAGAGUUCUUCCGAGAGAUCUUUCGUCUGAGACCCCGAACAAGAGAAAAAAUUCUGCCACGUCAACGCCGCUGCCGGUACCGCUGCAGUCGUCCGGGCCUUUCGUGGAGGGCUCUAUCGUCCGCAUCGCGAUGGAGAAUUUCCUGACAUAUGAUACCUGUGAAGUUUCUCCUGGACCCCACUUGAAUAUGAUUAUUGGAGCUAAUGGAACAGGGAAGUCCAGCAUCAUGUGUGCCAUUUGCCUUGGAUUAGCUGGCAAACCUGCUGUCAUGGGACGGGCAGAUAAGGUUGGCUUUUUUGUGAAGCGGGGAUGUUCGAAAGGCAAGGUAGAAAUCGAAUUGUAUAAGGCUUCUGGGAAUCUUAUCAUUACCCGUGAGAUUGAUGUGGCAAAAAAUCAGUCCUUUUGGCUCAUCAACAGAAAGUCUACAACACAGCGGGAAGUAGAAGAGCAGGUUGCAGACUUAAAUAUUCAAGUGAGCAAUCUUUGUCAGUUUCUACCUCAGGACAAAGUUGGAGAAUUUGCUAAACUCAGCAAAAUUGAACUCCUUGAAGCUACUGAGAAGUCAAUUGGUCCUCCCGAAAUGCAUAAGUAUCAUUGUGAACUCAAAAACUUCAGAGAGAAAGAAAAACAACUAGAGAUCUCAUGCAAAGAGAAAAGUGAAUAUCUAGAGAAAAUGAUUCAGAGAAAUGAAAGAUAUAAACAAGAUGUAGAAAGAUUCUACGAACGUAAACGACAUUUAGAUUUAAUUGAGAUGCUUGAAGCUAAAAGGCCAUGGGUGGAAUAUGAAAAUGUUCGUCAAGAAUAUGAAGAAGUAAAGCAAGCUCGUGACCAAGUGAAGGAAGAAGUCAGAAAACUUAAAGAAGGGCAGAAUCCUAUAAAACAUCGAAUUGAUGAAAUUGACAGACAGCGUCAUGUUUUUGAAGCCCAAAUCAGAGAGAAGGCAAUGGAUAUUAAGGAGACAUCUCAAAAAUGCAAACAAAAGCAAGAUAUUUUAGAGAGGAACGAUAAAUGUAUUGAGGAUGUUAAGCAGACUUUAAAUGUGAAACAAAAUGAAGAGCGUGACCGGCAGAGAAGAAUAAGUAAUACCCGCAAAUUGAUAGAGGAUUUGCAGAAUGAACUAAAGACCACAGAAAACUGUGAAAACCUUCAGCCCCAGAUUGAUGCCAUUACAAAUGAUCUGAGGCGAGUUCAAGAUGAAAAGGCAUCAUGUGAAGGCGAGAUAAUUGAUAAACGAAGAGAGAGAGAGACUCUAGAGAAGGAGAAACAGAGUGUUCAUGAUCAUAUUACACGUUUUGAAAAUCUCAUGAAUCAAAAAGAAGAUAAACUGAGACAGAGAUAUCGUGACACAUAUGAUGCUGUUUUAUGGCUAAGAAGUAACAGAGAUAAAUUUAAGCGAAGAGUUUGUGAGCCUAUAAUGCUCACGAUCAAUAUGAAAGAUAAUAAAAAUGCCAAAUAUAUUGAAAAUCAUAUUCCAUCUAAUGAUUUGAGAGCCUUUGUGUUUGAAAGCCAAGAAGAUAUGGAGGUUUUCCUCAAAGAGGUUCGUGACAAUAAAAAAUUAAGAGUCAAUGCUGUUAUUGCUCCAAGUAGUUCUUAUGCAGAAAAAAAACCUUCAAGGUCUCUGAGUGAACUGAAGCAAUAUGGAUUUUUCUCUUACUUGCGAGAGUUAUUUGAUGCACCUGACCCUGUAAUGAGUUAUCUUUGUUGCCAGUAUCAUAUUCAUGAGGUUCCUGUAGGAACUGAAAGGACCAGAGAAAGAAUUGAGCGGGUAAUACAAGAAACCCGAUUAAAACAAAUUUACACAGCAGAAGAAAAGUAUGUGGUGAAAACAUCCUUUUAUUCAAACAAAACUAUUUCUAGUAACACAUCCCUAAAAGUAGCUCAAUUUCUCACAGUCACUGUGGAUCUUGAGCAAAGAAGGCAGUUAGAAGAACAGCUGAAGGAAAUUAAUAGGAAGUUGCACGCAGUAGACUCAGGAUUGAUUGCCUUACGUGAGACAAACAGGCAUCUAGAACACAAAGACAAUGAAUUGAGACAAAAGAAGAAGGAGCUUCUUGAAAGAAAAACCAAGAAAAGACAACUGGAGCAAAAAAUCAGUUCCAAGAAGGAAAGUUUAAAAUUGAUGGAACAGGAUGCUUGCAACCUUGAAGAGGAAGAAAGAAAAGCAAGUACCAAAAUCAAAGAAAUAAAUGUCCAAAAAGCAAAACUUGUUACUGAAUUAACAAACCUAGUAAAGAUUUGUUCUUCUUUACAUAUACAAAAAGUAGAUUUAAUUCUUCAAAAUACUACAGUUAUCUCUGAGAAAAACAAACUAGAGUCCGAUUACAUGGCUGCAUCUUCACAACUACGUGUCACAGAGCAACAUUUUGUUGAAUUGGAUGAAAAUAGGCAGAGACUAUUGCAGAAAUGCAAGGAACUUAUGAAGAGAGCGAGGCAAGUAUGUAACCUCGGUGCAGAGCAGACAGUUCCUGAGGAGUACCAGACACAAGUACCCACCAUUCCAAAUGGACACAACUCCUCACCCCCCAUGGCGUUCCAGGAUCUUCCAAACACAUUGGAUGAAAUUGAUGCAUUGUUAACUGAAGAAAGAUCAAGAGCAUCUUGCUUCACAGGACUGAAUCCUACAGUUGUUGAGGAGUAUACAAAAAGAGAAGAAGAAAUAGAACAAUUAACUGAGGAGCUAAAGGGAAAGAAGGUAGAGCUGGAUAAAUAUAGGGAAAACAUUUCACAGGUAAAAGAAAGGUGGCUAAAUCCUUUAAAAGAAUUAGUAGAAAAAAUCAAUGAAAAAUUCAGCAAUUUUUUUAGUUCCAUGCAGUGUGCUGGUGAAGUGGACCUCCAUGCAGAAAAUGAGGAGGAUUAUGAUAAAUAUGGAAUUCGAAUUAGAGUCAAAUUUCGCAGUAGCACUCAGCUGCAUGAACUAACACCUCAUCAUCAAAGUGGAGGUGAAAGAAGUGUCUCUACCAUGCUGUACUUGAUGGCAUUGCAGGAGCUUAACAGAUGUCCGUUUAGAGUAGUAGAUGAAAUCAAUCAGGGAAUGGACCCGAUCAAUGAACGGAGAGUAUUUGAAAUGGUUGUAAAUACUGCUUGUAAAGAAAACACAUCUCAGUACUUCUUUAUUACACCAAAGCUCCUGCAAAACCUUCCUUAUUCUGAAAAGAUGACAGUAUUGUUUGUCUACAAUGGUCCUCAUAUGCUGGAACCAAGCAGAUGGAAUCUGAAGGCUUUCCAAAGGCGGCGGCGUCGUAUCACAUUCACUCAACCUUCUCAAUAAAAGCAGAGGGAGGGACUUUGGAGUUUUUCUGUGAAAAUCUGUUCAUAAAUACAGCUCUCCUGAAUAAAAGCUAGGAUUUUCA